AUGGUCAUACUGGGCCUGAUGCUCCCCGCGGGUCUGCUUCUCUGCUUACCAGAAGGUGUUUAUACGGAAACUGCGCUCGUCACGCCGAUUUUCAUUUCCCGGGGUAGGGCAAACGAAUUAAGUUGCCGUGUGGCCUCUCUUCAGUCCAUAACCGAGCAUACCUCUCGAUUAGCAAAGGCUUCUGCGAGAAUUUGA